CUUUACACUAUGCGGCUCACCUCCUCUUUAUUCUUCUUCUGCACUCUUUCCUUACUAAACAUAGCUAAAGUCGGGCUUGGUGGGAAUCUGCAGCAGGAUAAACAAGCGCCAAACAACUUUUGGGUGAGCGUUUUCUCCGCCCGGUUGCCUGCUUUUAUACAGAUGUGACUCUCAUCAACCGCUGGAUUAACUCGGAGAAGAGGGCUAAGAUCAUCUGGGCAGUCUUCACAAGUGAUGUCUUGUGCACUUUUUUGAAUUUUCCAUAAGGGAAUGAGCGCUCCGCGAUGACAUAACGGAACACACGCAACCGGGACGGUGUUUCAGUAAACAAAAAAAAGAGAGAGACUAACGUCUGGAGGAAAGUAUCCCCGAGUUAGUGACUCCUACGCCAACUUCUCCCCCAACUCCCCUCUGGAGACUUCAUGCUGGAGAUAUGGGUUGACCUGUGGCUGCGCUGAGAUCCUGCCCGAGGACAAUGACUGCGCCCGGCCUUGGCAUCCCCAGCCGUGUGGUGGUGCUGAUGCUGCUGCUCCUGCUGGUCAUCUCCGGGCCGCGGCCGUCCCACGCUUGUCGCGGGCUGCUCGGCUGCAGCUGCACGGAGGAGCGCUCCAAGGCGCACGGAGCCCAGGUGCUUGGGCGGAGGGUGAGCUGCAGCAAGGAGGAGCUGACCGAACCGCCUGAUGCCGGCUUACUGCCCAAUAGGACCGUCACGCUAGUACUGAGCCACAACAAAAUCCGAGUCCUAAAAAAUGGCUCCUUUUUUGGACUUAACACCCUGGAGAAACUGGAUCUCAAGCACAACUUAAUCAGCACCAUCGUGCCUGGAGCCUUCCAAGGCCUCUCUGAGCUCAGGAAACUUGACCUAUCCAAUAACCGCAUUGGCUGCUUGACUUCAAAUAUGUUCCAGGGGUUGACUAAUCUCACUAAACUGAUCCUCUCCGGAAACAUCAUAUCAACAUUGGAUGCAGACGUGUUUCAGGAUCUACCAUCUCUCAAACUAGUAAACUUCAACUCGGACUACCUGUCAUGUGACUGCGGGCUGCGCUGGGUCCCAGGCUUCUUUCGCAGCAGCUCUGCCCGACUGGGGGAUGAAACCCUGUGUGCUUAUCCAAGAACCCUGAGGGGAAAACCCCUCCGUGGACUAAGAGAAAGCCAGCUGAGAUGUGAUGGUCCUCUGGAGCUGCACACCCUGACACUGCUGCCCUCUCAGCGUCAGGUGGUCUUCAAAGGCGACCGGCUUCCUUUCCACUGCACUGCCGCUCUAGUGGACAAAGACACUACUCUGCACUGGCGUCACAAUGGUCAGCUGGUGACCUCUGACCCUGAUAUGGGUGUCCAGUUGGAGAGCAACGUACUACACGACUGCACCUUUAUUACCAGUGAGCUUAUUCUCUUCAACGUACAUGUGGAGGCCAGCGGAGAGUGGGAGUGUGUGGUUACUACUGGGAGGGGCAAUACAUCCCGCUCUGUUGAAAUAGUGGUGCUGGAGAACAGCGCCUCCUUCUGCCCAGAGGAUAAAGUUGUCAACAACCGGGGCGAGUUCAGAUGGCCAAGAACCCUGGCAGGCAUCACCUCCCAUCAGUACUGCCUGCAGUUGCGUUACCCCUCCCUGUCUGUAGAGGGGGGCGUGGAACAGAAGAAAGCCUCUCGUCUAUGUGACCGCUUUGGAAAGUGGCAGGAAGGCAAUUACAGCAACUGCCACUACACAAAUGGCAUCACCCGUGUCCUGCAUACCUUCAUCCUGAGGCCCAUCAAUACAUCAAAUGCUGUUACUUUGGCCCACCAAGUGCGUACAUACACUCUAGAGGCCGCGGGCUUCACUGACUCAGUGGAUGUACUCUAUGUUGCACAAAUGAUGGAGAAGUUUAUGGAAUAUGUCAGGCAGCUGCAAGAGUUGCCACAGGUGUUGGUAGAGAUGGGCAGUAACCUGAUGCAGGUGGAUGAUCAGAUUCUUGCCAUGGCCCAGAGAGAGAAGAGAGCCUGCAGCUCCAUCGUGGGCUCUUUGGAGUCUCUGGCCUGGCCUCAGCUGCACAGUCAUGCUCAAGAUUUCUCCAUGGUGUCAAAGAACAUUGUAAUGGAAGCACACUUAAUUCGACCAGCCCACUUCACUGGCCUAACUUGCACAGCUUAUGAGCGACGUGAGGUUUCAACAGCUACCACGGGAGUGGAGAUACCUGAGUCCACUCAUGAGCAACAGUUUCGUUUUCGCUGCAGCACCGGCUCCCAUAACACAUCUCUGACCAAUUUUCCCCUCAGGAAUUCAGUAGCUGUGGCGUCUGUGACUUUGCCUGCUACCCUUUUCCCUUCCGAUGCACCUGCAGACUGUAAGCUGCAGUUUGUGGCCUUCCGAACUGGAAGCUUUUUCCCUCUGACGGGGAAUUCAAGCAACAGUGCUGGACAUUCCAGAAGACGCAGUGUUAACACUCCCGUCAUCUACGUAGGCCUUGAUGGCUGCAGAAUGUGGAACCACUCAGAGCCUAUCUGGGUGUCACUCCGCCACUUGUCCCCAGGAAGCGAUGCUAUGGCAGCGCAGUGGAGCCAGAAGACACUGGACAAACAAGGAGGAUGGAGCCAAGAUGGAUGCCAGUUGGUCCACAGUGACAGCAGCACAUCCACCAUGCGUUGUUCUCUGCUUGGCAACUAUGCUGUGUUGCAUGAGGUGCCAAAUUUCCCCAACUCUACACCCAUUUCUAUCAGGGUGCUCCACCCUGUGGUGUAUGCUUGUACUGCACUGCUUCUUCUUUGCCUUUUCACCAUCAUCAUUACACACAUAUUACACCACAGUUCCAUUCACAUUUCGAGAAAAAGCUGGCACACAUUACUGAAUACCUGCUUUCACAUUGCCAUGACAACAGCCAUCUAUGCAGGAGGCAUAAGCUUGACCAGCUACCCUAUUGUUUGUCAAGCAGUGGGCAUCGCCUUGCACUAUUCCUCGCUGUCGACCUUGCUGUGGAUUGGGGUCAGUGCCAGGGUCAUCUACAAAGAAACCAUGUGGAGAAUUCCGCGGCAACAAGAAGGGGAAUCCCUUGUUCCACCUACACCGCGACCUAUGCUCAGGUUCUAUUUGAUAGCUGGUGGAGUUCCUCUUAUUAUUUGUGGGAUCACGGCAGCUGUCAAUGUCAGCAACUACGGAGACAAUAGCCCUUACUGCUGGCUGGUGUGGCGCCCCAGCCUGGGGGCUUUCUUUGUCCCAGCUGGCCUAGUGGUGUUGGUGACCUGGAUCUAUUUCCUGUGCACUGUGUUCUGCCUAAGGCGCCGUGCAACCAAAGAAUGCACAGGAACCACUCUGUCGUCUCCUGUGACUGAGAGCCAACCCGCACUGGCAGGAAGCGUCAGCCUCCUGUCCACGGACUCCGCUGUGGGUCCUGUAAACCCUAACGUGGCUAUAGAGGACCAGUAUUCGCUGAAGACACAGUUCCUAGUACUGGUGGCCACCCACUUCCUGUUUGUGACCCUGUGGUGUUGUGGGGCCAUGGCAGUGUGGCUGACCGGGCACACCGGCUUGUUGUUUAGUUCUCUCUAUGGAGUGGUCGCCAUAUCCCUUGGGGUGUUCCUAGUGGUGCACCAUUGCUUCCGACGUCUGGAUGUGCAGGCAUCGUGGCUGCCCUGUUGCCCCGGUCACGGCCACUCCCAUCCUGUGUCUCCCUAUACCCACACAUGCACCACAAGGAGUGGAGUGCAAACCUCUGAGCGGGGAUCCCAAUUGUUCAUCAACUGUCAUGCACCUGGUGAUUCACAUAACUCUUCAUCAGCUAGGUCGUCAUCCACACCAAGUGGCAUCAGCAGUGUCGGACCAGGGCCCUGCAAGCUCACCAACUUGCUACAGGUGGUGCAAGACACAACAAGUAACACUUCACAGGCUCCUGCUUCAGUUGCUGGUAACAACACUGGCACCAGUACUGACAAUGUCACCAAGCCCACAAACAAUAUUCCUCCCAGCAUUAACUCAGCAGUACAUCCUCAGCGAAGGAAAGUGAACAGUAGGACUAAGCAAGGCGGUAGCCAGUAUCACCAUCGGGGUGAGGGCAGAGGUCACUAUCGUCUCAAAGCGCUACGGACAGCAGGGGGUGGGGGCAGCCUUGGAGCUUUAGGUCCCACAGGCUUGGAGCACCUCAGCUCAUCACACGCGGUGCAUAAACAAGCCACCAGUGAAAAUGGGAGCAUCCAUCAUAGCCUCUCAGAGAACCAUGCGGGCCCGCUGACUAAUGGAAAGCGGGUGAGUGAGUCAGUGGCCACCAGCCCUUCAGAGGGCAGCGAUGGGGGAAGUAGUGGCAGCCGCAAACCCUACCCUCUUCUUCCCUCGUUGGCCAGCAGGGUAGCCAUGAACGGCGCUCAGAGACGAUGCAUCAGCAGAGACAAUCUCAAAGUUGCAGCUGCUGCGGAGCGGGAUACUAAGCGGUGUUCUUACCCUUUGAACAGCGUCACCACAACUGUGCCAGGGGCUGCAGCCUCAAAUGGUGCCCUGAAAAAUUCAAUUCUAGAGUUAGACCAAGACAUAAGUGGCACAGAUCAGUCCCAAAGUUCUGUCGGCAUGAAGAGCAGUUUAUGGAAAAGCGAAACAACAGUGUAAUCUACUUGUGACUGACUUGUUUCGCAGUAUUUUAAAUAAGAAGAUUAUAUAUUAAAUUUCUCCUGAUUAUUAUAAUUUAUAUAAAAAAAAAUCAAGAAUCCAGAAAGCCACCCUGGUACGUCUGUUUCAGUGGCAAAAAAUUUGAUGUGAAAUUGUAGAAAUUCAGUCCUAUAGGUAAAAAUAAAAAAGAUACAUGUUUAUUUUAUUCAGCUGACAAUGUUUCAAGAUUAUGCAAAUAUAGGGUUAUGAUUUAAGACAUUUAUUGAGAGAUUUAUUGAGUUUUUUUUUUUUUUUUAAGCAUUUCAGAAGACUGCUUUUCCGUAGCAGUUUUAUGCAAUUACGUUCACAGAUAUGUUUGCUUUAAGUAUUUUUUGCAUGUGCAUAUUGGUUGUGUGUGAAAGUUUUGGCUGUACAUAAUAAUGUGUGAAUUAAAACAAAGCUAUGUGAGACUUUUGAAAAUAUGAUGCAAA